CAGCAUUUGAAGCACAAUGACGCCUCCAAACGUUGCUUUGCUUUUCACAUGUCUGUUUGUGGUGAAUAUGGGUCGGGUGACAACUUUAAAACAAGCAUCAUUACACUCUGAAUCAGUCAGUGUUGAGGAAAGUGUGACCUUACCGUGCUCCUGUCAAGAUGCAAAGCUGUUUUACUGGUACAAACAAGAUGUGGGACAGAAACCAAAGCUAGUGUCUACAUUCUACAGCCAUAAUAAUAACAGCGGCACUUUUAACAAUGAAUUUCAGAACAAUCCACGCUUCUCACUGGAUACGGAAAACCAAAAAUAUAACUUGAAGAUUUCAGACUUGCAAAUUUCAGACUCAGCUACUUAUCACUGCGUAAAAAGCAAUACACAAAAAUUUGAAUUUUGCAGGGGCACAACUAUCAGUGUGAAGGGUUCAGGUUUGAACAUCCCAGCUUUGGUCCAUCAGUCAGCAUCUGAGACCAUCCAGCCAGGAGGCUCUGUGACUCUGAACUGUACAGUACACACUGGGACCUGUGAUGGAGAACACAGUGUUUACUGGUUCAAAGACUCUGAAGAAUCUCAUCCAGGACUCAUUUACACCCAUGGAGGCAGGAAUGAUCAGUGUGAGAGGAAACCCAACACACAAACACACACCUGUGUCUACAACUUACAAAUAAAGAACCCAUAUCUUUUUCAUGAUGGGACCUAUGACUGUGCUGUUGCCUCAUGUGGACACAUACUGUUUGGAGAGGGGGCAAAGCUGGACUUUGAAGGUUUCUGGAUCUCUACAGAUGAGGCGGACUCUCUCUCUCUAGUGUAUUUCUUGAGUGGAGCUUUGACAUUCACCACCGUCCUGGUUGUCUUGCUGACUUUCUCAGUGUACAAGAUGAAGAAGAGAAACUGCCAAUGUACAGCAACUACUGGAACAUUCUCAGCAACUUCUACUGCAAAUACAGUGCUCUGUCAAGAUAAAGAGAACCUUCAUUACGCUGCUUUGCGGGUCCACAAGGCCAACAGAUCAAGAAGAGAGAGAGACAACACCGAGAGUGAAUGCGUGUACUCCAGUGUAAAGCCGUAGAGCUGGACGUGUCGCUUUACUUUGUACUUUGUCAAGUCUUGCCUUGCAAUAAACCGAGCUGUUCUACUAAAAAAAUUAAAAAAAAACCUUGUUGUUUGGUUUUCUUUGAAGUGAUCUUCAGA